CUCUGGAGAAUCCGCCAGCAGUGGAACCUUUUGGGCUUCUUUGAGAUCAACGAGGAUCACCCGCUCUAUCAGUUCACCACUAUGAUAAAGAAGGGGCUCAGGGAUUCUGUCCAACAUGCUAUCAAUCACCCAGUAACUGCAGUGAGUUUGGGCUGCAAGGAUGUGGGGGGCAGGUUCUACUGACUCCCACCUUGGUUGCCCCCUUGGCAACUUUGAAACAGGAGCCUUCUGGGGACUUGUGACUGGGGGAUCAACUUCUCCCACUUCCCCCUGGAACCCCAAGGUUGACCAUCUGGAGCCAGGUAGCAUAGUGCGUGCGGGGGACGACGACGACGACCAGGUGCGGAAUCCUGAGAGGGAUUCAACUAGGUGCUCCCAGGACAGGCUCUCUGCUGAGCUACUGCUGCCUUCUGGAGUCCCGGGCUGGGGCAGUGCUUCCUCCUCCUCCUCCUCAGAUGCCCCCACGCGCACGGCUCCUGGGCUGGCCAAGAGGACGUCCGGAGGGAGGAUCAGAUUAAGGCAGUGCUUAGGCAGAUGCACGAGGGCUUUGAGAUGAGGACAUACGCUGCUCCUGCUUUUACCCGCUUCCGAAAAUUUCUCGGCAUGGUGGAUGUCGAUUACCAACGGUCCCUGACUUGUGACAGCUCGUACUUGCAGUUCAUCAGCAAUUCCAAAAGCACGGCUGACUUCUUCCUCAGCAACGAUAAGCGCUACUUCCUGAAGACUCAAAGUAAGCAAGAAAUCCAAUUCCUCCUCACAAACCUGCCCAAAUAUCUUGAGCACAUGGAGAGAAACCCUCAUUCCAUCCUCGUCAAAUUCCUGGGUGUGCACAGUAUUAUCGUCCCUCGGGAAAAGAAGAGAUACUUCAUCAUAAUGCAGAGUAUCUUCUACCCUCAUGAUAAGAUUGUCGAGCGGUAUGAUAUUAAAGGGUGUGAUGUGGGCCGCUGGACAGAUCCGACCCCGAAGGGCAGCGAAAUCAUUGUGGUUUAUAAGGAUCUAAACUUUGCCGAUAAGACCAUCUGCCUUGGUCCGCAACGCACCUGGAUGUUGACCCAGUUGGAGCUGGACACACAAUUCCUGAAGGAUUUGGGCGUGAUUGACUACAGCCUUCUGGUGGGCUUGCAGCCCCUUCAUGAGGACGAGAGGCUCCUGAGCCACGCACUUGCCAACAUCAUUGCCAUGUCGAUUGACACUGACAGUGAUCACCAUAACCAGAACUUUGGGAACGCCAUGUAUGAGUCUCACACGUCUCCGAGUCCUGCCUAUUCUCCUAGUGUGGACCAGUUCUACAAGCUCUCUCCCGAAAGCAGGUACACCAUCCAGAACAUGCUGGCGCUGUACCUGAAGAAGAGAACCAACUCAGACAAGGAGUCCGAGACUUCUAGGGGAAGCGAGACCUUCAUGCGGGAAGUCUUGGCUCCUUAUGUGCUCCAUGGGGUCAGCUUCGACCCGACUGCCCAGUCUUCGGUUACAACGGAGGAGGACGGGCAUUCGCCCUCCAUCAGCAAUCUGGCGGAGUCCCUCUUCCACCUGACCCAGAACAGGCGGCUCCUUCCCAACACGCGGAAUGCCUUGCACGUGAUUGACGGGCCCGACUAUCGCUAUUACAUAGGUAUCGUCGACUUGUUCACGGUCUACAACUUCCGCAAGAAGAUGGAGCAUUUCUGGAAGACCCUUCGGUUCCGGGACAAAAGUUUUUCCACGGUUGGGCCUGUCUAUUACGCCAGGAGGCUCUGCAAAUGGGUGCAAGACCAUACCACAUGAUGGCAGGGAG